AUGGAGGACACUUCUACCUUCCAGUUCUCGGUGCUUCCUGAGAAAAAACUGCAAUAUCGAACCAGGGAAGCUACGAAGGAGGACGUACCUUCCAUUGCUCGAAUGAUACAGGUAUUUUUCGAAGAAACUGUGUUAUUUUCUUUUGCAUUUUCCGAAUUGAUUUUUACUCGAAAGCUGUAUAAUUUUUCUUUGUCCAUGUCUCAAAGGGGUGAAAUACUUUGUUUUUAAAAUUUCAAUAAUUUCAAGAUAAUUUAUCUUUCUUUUUAUCAAUAAUACGAUAAAAAUCAGUUUUAUCCUGUAAACUUGCCCGUAUAGAAACAAUUAAGUGCGCCGAACGACCCUUCGCUUGAAUUGCUCAUCAUUUUUUUUAAUCUGAAGUUCUUCAAUCUUCUUUAAUCUUCAGAUAAUUUCACUAGGUUCUCUUAAAAAAAAUUGUUUAAUUUUUAAAUCUAGCUCUCAAACAUACAAAAAGAUUUACAAUCAUUCUAUAAUUGAGCUCUCGUCCGGUUCAUUGUUGAAUAAUAUUUCUUUGUCUGAUUUCUUUGUUACUUUCACGUAACUGAGUCUUGAUUUUUUACUGUGAAUGUCAAAAUUUGAUUUUUUUUUCUGUUUUAAUGUCUCUCUUUAACGUAGCUUUAUUAGGGCACACGAGAAGUUGGUUAGUUCAUAAUGUUAACUCUUUGACGUCCACUUUGGUCGUUUUUGGUCCAUAUGGACCCAUGCAUACAUAUUAUUCUUCCUGGACUCAUCAGGCUUUCUAGUGGUGAUUAGCAGAAUCAGCGAGGAUAGAUCUUUCCCUGGUACCUCAUUUAGCAAACUUUGACCAAUCUUGACAGAGAUACAGACUACAGACUAAAAAACAAGCAACAUUUGGGGGAAAAAUCCACUGUCUAUUUUGCUAUUUAUCCACAUUACUACCCUUUACAGAUUAAAUUUAUCCCAUUAUUGGAAAGAAAGCCAACCAAAUUUUCAUGCGAAUGAAAGACGAAAAAGUGGGCAACAAAAAUGGCAAGGAAAGGCGAAGGAAGAAAGAAAAGAGCGAGAAAUAAAAAAUCGAAAUAGAUUCGCAAAAAAACUCCUGAGCUGCUUGCAAUGAUUACAUCCAAUUAGUAGAAAUUUAUGUCCUUUGUGUUGGAAAUCUCUUUUUUAGCUAUUCCCAUGCUAACUAGCCGAAAAACGGUUCAAAAAGGAAGAUUUGGUCCAAAAUGCCAUUGGUUGACGGUAAAGAGUAAAUAGUUAAAAUCUGUUUAAAAAUUUCGGUAAAAUAAAUUUGUAUAAAUUAACAACAUUGCAUUACUAUCACUUUUUCGCGUAUGAGGUCAGAAUGGCAUAUUAUAUGAAGGGAAAAGCACGCUUUUAUGCUAGUAGGCAAGUUUUCUUUUAUCCUUGCUGAUUCAAAUUAAUACCAACAUCCAUGUCAGGUAUUUUUCUUUUCUUUUUUGUCAGUUGGAAACGCCUAAGGUUUUCAUUGCGAAAGUUAUAAAAGAAAAUUCUUGUCGAAUCGGUUCAAGUUAUCUCGAGCUGAAAACCACCGAUCACUAAAAAAAAUCGUUGGACUCCGUGUGCUUGGAAAUCAUGAUUUCUUGCAUUUAAAUUAAUCAAAUUCUCAUUUUUACUAAUCCAUAUACAUUAAGACAUGAUUUGAAAUACACCUUCAGUUCUACUAACCUGGAAAAAAAAACUUGCGUUCUCUGCGGCUUGUACCUUCAGCCAAUCAACGCUUUUGGACCGGCAGGAGUAUUUUCCAGAAUGCCGAAUGACUCUGAGUUAAGUGGUUAGGAUUAGGAAACUUGAGUGAAUUAGGUUCAAUUUAAGGUCAUAAUUAUACUGCCGGAAAACUGACCUGAUACUUGAUUCACUCAGUUUCCUAACCCUAGUGUUGUGAAGUGUCUUGAAAGUUAUUUUUAAGACAGAUUUGUCUCAUCUUUUAAGUUUCGUUUUUUGUUUUCAUUAAUUGGAUCAAGGUUAGUCUUGAUUUUGUCCACGUAGGUGUUUUCCUGUUUUGAUCUUUUGCUCUUACUUGUACUUGAAUUUUUGCUUAACUUGCGAGUUUACUUAAUGCCAUUUCAGGAAUAUUCCUAGCCUGCGAAAGCAUCCGUUUCUCCUUCGCUCUACGCCGCUGGGGACGUUUCGCGUUCCUCCUCGCGAAACGUCCCCAGCGGCGUAGAGCGUAGGAGAAACGGAUGCUUUCGCAGGCUAGAAUAUUCCUCGCUCGCCAUUAUCAGAUGUUAUUUUUUCAUAGGUGGUCGUGUUUGUGAUGUUAGAGCUGACCUUGUUACAUUAGUCUCGUUGAAGUUCCUGUUUGGGUUUGUUAAUCAGCGUUUUAGUUUUUCAUUGGUUUGUAGCCUCUCGCCCAUCGCAACCAUGUAGGUUCAGUAACACCAAAACAUUACCCACACCGAGGUCACCUUGACUUUAUUCCCACAGUCAGCUAACCCAAACAUGCCCAGCUUUGGUUAUAAAAACAGCGGCGGCUAUUUGACUGGUUAGAAAGGAGAGUUAGGAGUGAUUAGAGAAGUGGUGAGAAGAUUAAGAUUGUUAUCAGAAGUCAAAGAAGAAUAAAGACCAAGAUGUAAAUCAGAUUCCUGGUACCUCAUCGUGUAGCGAGCGAGUUGCUCGAACAAACCCCCACACUAGUCACUAAACCUCCGAGUCAUUCGACGUUCUGCAUUCUGGGUUCGGCGUUCUGCAAAAUACCCCUGCCGCUUUUGGACGGUGGCAUUCAAACCAGUUGUAUAGACUUGCGCACUGCUGUAAUGAGGAGCAUCAACAUUUUGAAUAUACCCACUGGAUACCAAAAGCAAACUAUGAUUUAUCGUUUCUUCACCAGGGCCUUGCAGAACACCUUGGGAAGGCUGAAAAACUGCAGAUUGGCGAAAAGGGUAGGUAGUGCCACGGAAAUCAUCAUGGUUCAGAAACGUUUUGUUAUUAUAAAGAUGAGAGGCAGAUUGAGCCGAAAAAAAAACUGUCCUCGAGUGUUCAAGCCCUGUGCGUGGAAGUCUUUCCCUUGCAUAAGCUUCGACUUCAAGCUAUUGUAGUUCCAGAUCACCAACGAAGAAAUUGUAGUUGGCUAAAAAUCUUAAAACAGUAAGGUAAUACCCACCCAAGCAGUGAUGCUGACCUUUUUUUAAAAUUUACCAAGCAGCCUCUUCGUAUGAUGAUGCUGUCACAUUUUGACAGGAAUGGUUAGCAACAAUUUUUUUUAAAUUACACAAAAGAUAAAUUCCUUGUUAUAACACCUCGAACAUGAUUUUCUAACAUGGUGGCAAACCAAGCUAGCGGAUCUAACGUGGCAGCUAUUUGCAAUGAUGAACUUCCCACCUCAUAUGAAUCCUGUUCAAGGCUCUCAGGAAUUCGUGUUCUCGAGGACUCGAUUAUCUCGGAACCUAUAACAGGCUACCUCAUAUGAUGUCAUCACUACAAAGUUGCGUAGCUCACUUUGAUGAAAAUUCAUCGAUGUCCUUUUUUCCGAUAUGCUUUUUGAAGCUAUGAAACAAAAACAAAAACGAAUUAAUCCACAUUUAUUUCCCAUUUUACCUGAAGUCCACCAUUUAUUUGCCCGGUGCUGUUUGCCCAUUUUUCCAGAGCUUUUGCGUGAUGGAUUCAGUGACAAUCCAUUGUUCCAUUGCGUCGUCGCUGAGGAAAUAGAUAAAAAUGAUGAAGAAAAUGAUGCGGAAAAUGGAAAGAUUGAGGAAGGUAUGAACCAUAAGUAAAUUGUUCAAAUACAGCAUAUGUUGUGGUUUGAUUUUAUCCUCGGUUUAAAUUUAUUUUCCUUUGUUUCAAAUUCAUUAUCAUAUAUUAACCUUACCCAAAAACAAACUGGACAACAAAAUUUAACCAAGGAUAAAAAUGAACCACAAUCUUAAAUUAUAGCGUCUUCCCGACAACGUAGUUUUUCAAAACGUAUAUCGCGCUAUUUUGCUGGAUAAAUCCAGCAGACAAAACAGUACUUUGGUAAGGACAAAACUCUCAUGCUACAUUCACACGGCAGCAGACGAAUUUUCGACCUGUUGUAAAUUCGUGCGUUUUGUGUUCCGUUCAUACGGAACCACCUUAACUGUACGAAAAUUUAGACGAACAGCUGUCCAAAGUUCCGUGUGAACAGGGCAAAACAAUUGACUGGAUCCGUGUGAACGAAAUGGCCGGUCAAAUUUUUCAGCCGGCCGAAAAUUCGUCUAGUGCCAUGUGAACGUCUCUUCUCACUCGGCCUGUCCCGAUUGGGCUCGUAAAAAAACAAAAAGUUGCUACCUAAAUCUAUUGAUCACUUUACUAGUAUCGAUUACUGAUUAUAAGAAUUCUUGAACAGAUGCAAAUUAAACGUCCAUUAAGCUUGUUGUUUUUAUGUUUUAUACAGAGUACAAUCCCUGUCCCAUUAAAAGGAGACGGAUGUCAAAUACGAAGAACAAAGAAGUGCUAGGAGUUGCCAUUUACUACUUCACGUACUCCACGUGGGAAGGUCCCGUACUGUAUGUUGAAGAUCUGUUUGUCAUUCCUAGUGCAAGAGGUGGGCGUGCACUCAUUCAAUAGUAAAACAAAAUACUCCGAGUUCUUGCGCCUACAAAAAAAUGCCAAUUUUUCUUUUCAGUAUGUAUUUAUUAUCACAAGAAAUGGAAAGAACCACCUUAAGGAUAGCUUUCUCUAUAGUCACACUUAAGGAUUAUAUUUCAUCCAAAGAUUCAAAAGUUCGAACCACCCUGUACAGCAUAACAAAUAGUACCACAGGAAAAUACUACUCAGGAGCCUUCAUUUGAAUGGUCACACUUGAGGAUUUCAUCCACAGACUCGAAAGUUAGAAUCACCUAGUAUAGCAUGAUAGAUAGUACCAGAGGAAAGUACUGCUCAGUAGCUUUCAUUUGAAUGGUCACACUUUAGGAUUCAUCCACAGACUCGAAAGUAAGAACCGCCUUGAACAGCAUAAUAAACAGCACCUCCAUCCCCUUUGUACUUCUCGUUAAAAAAUGUUGACGCUGCAAUAAAUCAAACGUCGUUUUGCCUUUUUAAGCAUGCUUCUUUGUUUCUAAUUUAUCCAAUUUAAAAAGUCCUAAUUUCGUUUCUACUCAGGUCACGGAGUUGGAAGUUCAUUAAUGGCAGCGGUGGCACAGGUAUCAGGGUUAAAAGAUGGUUUAAAAACUUUUAAGCGCAAAUAGCUGUAUAUUUAAAAGCGCAAAUUCGUUGUCUUGUGCUCGUCUGUAGUCAAAAAUUAAGUUUUUUGAAAAAAGCCUUCCUUUGCCCUUUAGAUUGCCAAAUCACGUGACUGUUGCCGUAUGCAGUGGGUCUCUCCCUUCUCGAAAAGGACCAUGGGGUUCUACUGUAAGCUAGGUGCAAAAAAUAUGGCGGACUGGACGUUGUUUCGCAUGGAAAAAAGUGGAAUUGAGCAGCUGUGUCUAAUCACGCGGUCGGAAACGGAAGCCGAUGCAAGCCACCAGAAAUAAAUAUAAUUCAACUAAAUUCAUUUUAAAAACCAGUAAUUACAGUAGUUCUCAAUAAACUGAAAAAUGUGCUUUGCGCUAAAACGUCCUCACGGGGAAGGUUAAGUUUCCCGGGGGGUACACCUUAUCAUGGCCUAUUCGGGGAAGCUCCGCCUGGAAGGUGUACCUUUUUGAGGCUUCAGGUAUACGAAAGGGUAGGGAUUUCAAUAGAUGAAGUGUAUAAAAUCAAGGGAAAUCUGUCAUUUCGGUCUGUUAAAGGACCAAAAACGGCUAACAGACUAUUUUAUGGAUAUGAAAGAGACAAGAAAUCUUCCUAGUUUAUUGAUUAAUUCAUGUUAAAAAUACGGUGUAUGUACAGCAGUUAAAAGGGAUGCAGUGUUCUUAUUGAAGUGGGUACUAUGUGAAAGGGGUACCAUUUGUUGUCAGUAGAAAGUAUACGAAAUGGGCACCUUUUCUGUCAUAGAUGGCAUAUGAAAGGUACGGGGGUUGGUCCCCGGAGCGAACCUUCCCUGUGUAAAACUUCAUUGAAUAUUCCCCCCCCCCCACCGGUUUAAGUUUGUUCCAAGCCAAUAUCAGGUUGAUUAUAAUAAGAAUCACGUUUAGGCCAACGGUAGGCGUCAGAUUCAAGAUGACAAUUUCUUGAACUAGGAAAUGGACAAAUUAAAACUGUCUAAAAUAAUUCUUAUGAAUAAAUCUGACCUUAAACUGCUUAUUCUUUGUAAUUCAAUGAAUAUUGGAUGCCAAGAAAAAGCAAAACUUGGUCACGUGGAACAAAUUGACGUUGCCCUUUUCCGUAAACGUGAUUCUAAGGUCAGCCGUCGAGAAUCUCUUCAAAACGCCGUUUAUAUUCCGACAGGUUACAUUCGUAACAGUAGAAACAGUUAUUAGUGAAUUUAAUUAUAAGCAAAGAGGAGUGUUAAUGGUAAAACAGCCAUAUGUUACAUCAAUUACAGUAGUUUUAAAGGAGGGAUUUUAGUCAAGAUUAAAAUUUUUCUAAGCAAGUAGCGACUUUUAUGGCGUGCGUGCCAUUUUAACGGUGUUUGUAAAUAUCAAGUGUAUUUUCUAGCGCAUUUGUAGCUUUUGUAAACUUUAUUUUAGUUCAAACUAGCAUGAAAUCACCUUUUCAUAUCGAUGCAAGGAAACCACUCUCGAUCUAAUGUGCCUUCUUUUUGCAAGAAGUUCUGUCCAGACACUGAAACUGAGCAACUUACAUUUGAGUAACGUCGACCAAACUCAUCUUUGGAUUAAUUAAUCCACAUUAUCACGAACCCCUGAUAAAAGAUAGCCAUGUAAAUUUCUACUUAAUAUUACUUGCUUUUAUAAGAUAUUUGGAAAUACAUUAUAAAGAGUGCUUUUAAAAGAUGGCUAUAAUUUUUUACUUAAACAUUGUGACAGUUCGGAUAAAAGUUGUUAAACUGUCGGUCAGUAUGUAUAGCCUGUAUCGCUGGAGGGUUUUUUAGACUUUAAGGAAACCUUUGCCUAAAUUUUGCUUAAUCUAAUGGACCCUAAUGAUGAAAGUGAAGGCGGGAGAUCUUGAAUUAGAUGUUAAUGACCGGUAUUUUUAACGGAUGUUUCCUUCCAUAUGUGAUGAUGUUUUCCUGACCAACUAAAACUGGAAAAAUAGAUAUUUAACGCCGGUGAUUUUAUCUCCCGUUGAUGUCUAUUUGAAUUAUUCAUCAGCUGAUAGCUGAUUCACAGCGUGAGAUGGAUAGAAGGAUAUAAAAGUUCAAGUUAUGAUGAAUUUGCCGAAAACCAGAUGUUCUAUUAUAAUUAUUGCGAAAAUAGAAACAGAUGGUCUGUAUUUUACAAAGCCGGCAAACUAAAUGUAAAACGGGCGAAAAAACUAAAGUGCCUUAAUUUUCUAAUAAUUGUUUUAAUUGUCAACGGUAGUUUUUAAAGGUGGCAUGUACUCAAUAUUUUUAAAUGUUUUUAAGUGGUAUCUUUCAGGGCCCCGUCCCUCGAAAUAAAUGGUUAAGUUCAACACGAGAUUAAACAAGGUUUUAUUGUCUAAAAACAUAUAACUCGAGCCUCCAAAAUACUCUCGAAACUUUUCUCCGAAAGGACAGUAAUUACAGCACAAAAUGUUACUCUAUAGGUAAUACAAAGGAAAGUAAAUACGAAGAGUGGAACAAAAUUUUAAUCCUGGUUUAACGCCAAUCGGCCCUUCAGGAACCGGGCUAGUGAAGUAGAAGCUUUUUCUUGAUUCGGUGUUUUAGGAAAGCAUUAUAUAACAAUAAAAGUACGUACUAGCAGAUAGUUCCUAAGUUGAUGAUAUAAUGUCUUACGUUGUUUGUGCAAACGAUAAGAUAAUCAAAUAAAAUUGUAAAAAUCUAGAUGAGACAGGGGCAUCCAACGAGAAUAUAGUUCAAAACCACCUAAACGUAGCAUUGUUAAACGUAUUUCACUAUUUAAACGGUAGAUAUAGGCACAUUUGUAUCCCCUUAAAAUUUUUCGUCUGUUCGGAUUUUCUAGCUGAAAGUCUAGUGAUCCGAAAAUUAUAGGGAUCAAAACUUACCUUUUCGAAAAUUCCAGCCAGAAAAAAGGUUCCGGAAAAUUCUAGGUGACCUUUUUAGGGUAAAAAUCCGUUAAAAGUAGGUAAUUAGACCAUUUUUUAGAUGUUCGAAAAUUCUAGGAGAGGCAGGCAAGCAAGAAAUUUUACAACAAAUGUUCCGAAAAUUCUAGAUCUCAAAUCGUCUUCCGAACAGAUAUUUUCCGAAGAUUGUCGUUGGGUGCCCCUGAUGAGAUAACAUUUAUUCGAUCGUCUGUUCCCUGGAAAGGUAUAAAACGAAGUCCAAGUUGCCCCUACGUAUUAAAUGAUUUUAAGUUACUUUUCGCUCAACUAUCACGUUUUACUAUUGUCAUUUUGAGUGAAUCACAUUAUUUUGCUUUCAUCGAGAUUGUGUUCUAGCGUUAACGUUUCGUGCGACUCCUGUGAUAGACAUUUACCACGAUAAAAAGUAAAAAUAUAAUAACAAAUUAACCAAUUAAUGAUGGUAAAAAGAUAUAAAGGCCUUUUCCAGCUCUUUUUUACGGGGCAUAACGAUAAUUUAAAAAGCAGGAAAAACAACAUAAAACGGGCAAAAUUAAAUUACGCAAGUUACGUUUAUCUUUGUUAAAUGAGUUUUAUCGCAGCUUUUAUAAUUUAGAUGGAUGGGGUGAUAGCAAAAAAAUGGAAACAAUUGCAGUCUGGCUUUUCUUGCAACAAAUCCUGAUCAAAACGUCUGCAUUUCAUGAGAGCAAAUCUAAAAAAUCGCGAAAAAUUAACAAGAAGUAAUAAUUAACUUGUGGGGCGCGCAGGUGGCGGAGAGUAGCUCAGAGAAUUUCGCAAUAGUUAAGCUUUGCUGCUUCGUUUUUUUCUUUCUAAAAACACAAGGGUACAUUCUCGAAUCUUUAAAAAGCAAACAAUACAACGCUACAAAUUACUUAAUGAACCACUUAUGACAAACAUAAGCGGAGAUGAACUAACGCGAGUAAAAUCCGGCACGUAUAAUCACUAAUCAGUUGCUUCUGCUAUUGUUAAGUGCAUUUGAUAAGGGUCUUUGUUGUUUCCAAGGUUGCGCAAUAAAUCUUGUGCUGCGCGCUUGCAGACUAAGGAUUUGGAAAAAUCGAAAAUAUGAUUCUUACUCGACUUCAUUUCUAACAUUUUCUGUUAAAUUAUUAAGUUAACUUCAUUUAUUGUAAGUCCUCUUGUUUCCCCAUCAGGGGUUAAUUUUAAAAGUAAAAAAACUACUGUAUUGACACAAUUUGGCACCAUUGUCUUUUUAAAUUCUCUAUAAUCCUGGGACAAACGGUAUUCUCGCCAAGAUAAUCGCUAAUGAAGGGGAUUUAAGCUCUUAUAUAACACGUUCCUGAGAAGCGGAUAAAGCCGGCAGUAUAUAACAAAACCCGGUGAACUUUUCCUCGGCAAUAAGGUAAAAAGACCUCGAUCGUCAAUGGUCUCUAAGAUACACACGCACAAACAAGGCUCUCAUUGGGCUCAAGAGAUUCUAUUGAAAAAAAAAAACUUUUUAAAUUAAAAGACCACAGAAUGUUUUCUCAAAUCUGUCAGAGGAGACAUAGCUAAAGAGAACAGAUCUCCGCAAGAUUCAUUGUAAGGUAAGUGACUUACUUUGCUUUUGUUUUUAAGAGACAGUAUUUUUUUUAACAUUCGUUUUAGGUUUUUAUAUUAAAAUAAAAAAUUCCCUGAAGUACAUGAACUACACUAGAAGAAAGUAAGUUUAUAGAGUUUAUAGAGAGCGCAAAAAACCUGACGGGUGGUUUGCGGAUAAAGUGCUAGAUGGAAUACACGGAUUAAAGUGGAUUAAUGUUAUCAAAUAUGAAACGUUAAGUUACUAGCCGACAUUGUUCCUCCGGUUUUGUGAUUAAACGUUCUCUUUUCUGUUACACUUCUCGUUGUGGAAGAUACCUAAGCAAACAACCAUUGAAAAAGAUGAAUACUUCGAAAUAAUUAUGACAGCUAUCUACAGAUAGAGCCCCUCUAGUAUGCGCACACUCUAUUCUGGUCUGAAAAAAUAUCUACUGGCAGUCACUGAUGAAUUCUCUUUUUCUCCAACAUCUUCAAAAGACUAUCCCGUUAUUACAAUCAACGACCACCUUUUCGAGCUGGUUCUGUGUUUUAUUUUCUUCAUAUAUGCGACCAGUAAAAUGCUUGGCUGAGAUGAUUGAAGCAAUCAACGGCUCUUACUGAGACAUGCUACAAAUUUUGAUUUUGUUUUUCACUGGCCAAGAAAAUGGCGCUUAACAACCAGUUGCAAAAAUACUUGAGACGCUUUACCUCAUUUUGGCUUAACUGGCCUGUUAAUGAUUUUCUCCUUGUGAUACCCCCUCCUCGCUCCCCUUAUAAACGUUCUUGUAAGCAUCAGGUGCAAGACCAUGCUGAAAACUUGGAGGAAUAACUUGGAAUGGAGGGGAGGAGGAAGGUGAGAAUUAUAUUUCACGGACGUGUGACUCGCAGGGAUUUAAAUUAAGAAAGGUCGCUUUUUCGUUGGAGUGUCUCAACAUUUUUGCAACUGAUUGUAUGAAAAUUGGCGAGAGGCACAAAAUUAAGUGAGACCCAAACGCCACGAAAGUCGCUUAAUGUUCGCCUCCUUCAAGCAACGUUUUCUUGUUAAUCUGAAUCAGGGGCGGAACCAGAAAAUUCAGAAAGGGGUGGCCGGCACACUUGCCCACUCGUCCGCUCUUAUUUUUCUGCGAAUUCUAUUAAAAUAAUACAAAAUUUCAAGGAGAAAGGGUGGCCGCGGUUCCCUCGAGCGGCCCACCACUAAAUCCGCCCUUGUAAAUAUACACCUUGACCUUAAGUUAGUAAAGUAAAAAUAUCUUCUGGCCAAUAAGUGGGGGGUAAUUCAAAUGUUUCUUUUCGAGUCUUUUUGAAUGCUUCGUACUUGACCUUGAAAUGAAUACUUGUAUCAAUAUGUAUAACUCUCCUCUGACAUGCAACACCAGUUUUCACCACAUUAAAUGCAAGUCACGGGACAAUAUACUGAUCCUGUACACCUUGGUGAAUUAUCGUAAGGUCGUGAGGGCGGGCAGUCGAAAGCUUCAGGGCUAUAGUUUUUUUCUGAAACCAAUGUCCGCCUGCAGAGUGACUUUCGAAUCCAAGCGCCUAGUUUAAACUUCAUUAUUCUCAAACGUAAAAGUCUGCAACGUAUUCUAAUUCACUGUUAUUUGGCUCAAACGUGCGAUCGAUUGGCACGUGUAGGCAAGACAUCUGUCUUACAUAAUCUACUAUAUAUAUAUUGUGCAGAUUUGCGCUUAUUUUGGACGAAAAUCGAUAUGUAGGUAUGACAAGGGCCGUUUUCCAUGCAUUCUGCAGGAUACAAUGUUACAAGUCUGCACCAAAUUCUUAUUUGUUUCACUUAAAAUGUAGCUAAAAAGAUAGAUUAAUUCUUCAAAUUUGAGAAUCUGCUCUAUAAUAUCUAAGGCAUCAUUUUCUAUAUUCCAAACUGACGAUUUUAGCAUUUAUGCUUUCCGAAGUAGUACUCAACAAUGGCAUAUUUAUAUGCGUUAAUUUCCGAUAAAUAUCUUCCGAUAAAUAUCAGUUUAUCAAUAAAUAGUCUGUCUCAGUGAAUUGUCCCCAGGGUAGAGAAUAAAGGCUUGGAGGUCGUGAUUUUCCUCUAUUUAUAAAAAGCACAGCAUGAGAGUAAGUUUUUGAAAUUCUCAUUAAUUAAUGGUCCACAUUGGAUGAUCUAAUUAGUAGUUGCUUUUUGCUUAAGAUGUUUUCAAUAAAUCACUUCUUCUUUUAUGUUAUGGAUCAAUUAGACAAAGCUGGGAAAAUGCUUCUGUGAAGACAAAACACGGGAAAAAACGAGACAGAGCAAAUAUCAACUAUUGCUUAAAGCUGCUAGAACCCGGUCUAAAGGUCAGAGUUUUCAUCAAAAACUGAAAUCUGUAAUCAGAAAGAGCAAACGUUAGCUAGCAUUUUACCUUGUCUCGAUUUCUGCGGUCCUUUUUAUUUCAAAACGUGCGAAAAGCAUGCUGUCUAGUCAGUCACCGUUUUACGGAUGGUAAAGUUUACGCAUGAGGGACAGACACGAUAUGUAAGUCAAAAUCUUCAAGUAAUAAUUUUAAUUAUUUGGAGCAUAAGUUAAUCAGGAAGAUCUCUAACAGUCGAGAUUAUUAAUUUCAUAUAAUGCGUAAUGAAUUUUGCAGACAAAUCAUUUAUCACGCCGAUGAAAGCGCAAAGGUGAUGCUCAAGUUAAAAAGGGCCUUACUUUCCAUGAAACCCACUAACAUUUUAGACUACCCUGAUCAAUACAGCACCAAAGUAAAUGCUCUCCGAUGUCUAUAAUUUCCCAUGAUUUUAACCAAAUUGUGUAGUUUUUGCCUCUCUGUUUAGCAGUUUUCAUAAUUUGAGUACAAAAAUUUGUUCUUAGGCUGCUGGCGAUUGUCACAUGUUUACGCUAAUAUGUUUUAGAGCUGUACUUUGGCAAAAGAUCGAAGUGAGUUGUAUUUGUUUUUGUUUUCGGGUAUGGGUAACCGCUAAAAAUUACUUGAAAUCCUUUUCGAAUCGACUAAUGAAUUUUUGAGCUCUGAAAAUAAAAUUUGUUGACAGUCCUUCUAUCACAACUCCUUGGGCCUUGUUAAAGGCAACUUUUAAAAAGGUUUUAAUUAUGAAAAUCAUGAAAGGUUCUGGGGGACAUGUUUUCUUCUGAUCGAUGUCGUCGAUAAACGAUUACUGAAUAGUUAUAGUUUAGUUAGAGUUUAUUGAUCUUCAUUAUUUACAAAAUUCAAAAUUAAAUUGAAUUAAAACAAAUACAUACACACAAACCUCCUCUGCUCGCAAAUAGAUUAAUGAACACAACCCAUUGUAGUGUCUGCAGACAGAGCUCGAUAGAGCGCCAUAUUUAUUUAUUUUAUAGGAUUCACCGCUGAAAAGACAAAGACUCAUCGACGGUGAAAACGAAAUAAUCCAGGUAACUUCGCUACCUUUUUUAUUAAUCGUCCACAACAAUUUGUCUUUUUGGUGAUAAUGACUACACCAUCGGUAACGAUAUUACUGACAAUAGUGAUGAAAAUAUUAACGAUUGUUGUAUUGAUAGUGAUGAUGAUGAUGAUAAUAAUGAGGAAAAUCAUAAUUAUGGUGGUGAUUAUUUAUGACGAAGAUAACGAUGAUUAUCGAUGUAGUAAAUUAUAAUUAUGAUGAUGGGAAUGAUGUAGCCUUUCUCUCAGACGUUACUACGUAGGGCUUUGUCGUUGGAGGAACGCGAGAUAAAGCCCUAAGAACGUCUGCUUGCAUGGUAGUCUAGUGUUGAUGUUGAUCUUAAUAAUGACGAUGAAGGUGAGAUGAUGACUAUAUAGUAAAAUCCAACUAGUGGUCUAUUUAUCAAUGCUGCGUUCUGAUUGGUUGAGCUACUACUAGGCUAUAUGUUAUAGCCCACUAGUAACGAAAAGCGCCGGGUUUUGGGGGGCAAAAAGGGAUUAAAGUUUUGCUUAAAGUUGUUUUGUCUCGAUAUUUUUGACCAACUAGUUGAAUUUUACUAAAACAAUUAUUCCUCUCGCCCUCAUGGCCUCUGAGUCAAUUGACUCAGAGCCCAUUCGGGCUCGAGGAAUAAUUGUUAAUGAUGAUGACGGUAAUCACAUAGAUAUUGAUGGUGAUGUUCAUGAUGAUGAUAUGAUAAUGAUGAUGAUGAUAAUGAUACUGCUGUAAUGAUGAUAAUUAUGAGAUUGCAACGCUGAUAGUCUUGAAAAUUUCUUACAGGUACUUAGCUAGUCCACCGCAGUCACAAUGGGACUCGGGGCGAGCCAUUGCGCUAAAGUCUGGGCCCCAACAGAGGUGUCACUAACCACCAUGGUACUCGCCAUUAUAUUCAUGAUCGCCACUGUGCCAGGGAACCUAAUGGUCAUCUUAGCAGUCCUGUUCGACCCAAACAAAAACCUCCGGAGUCCCUUUACUCUUUUAGUUGCAAACCUUGCUGUGACAGAUCUUAUUGUGGGUGCCCUUGUGGAACCCCUGUCUGUCAACACACAUUACAGAGAAUCCCAGGGAAUGUCUAUCAGCAUGUCCUGGUUUUCCCAGUCCGUGUACUUUCUUUGUUGCACGGCCUCUUUACUAAGUCUUGCGGCGCUGACGGUUGAUCGCUAUCUCGCAAUCACCAAACCCCUGUGGUACCGAACCAACGCGAGUUACAAGCGAGUUGGUAUCGCCGCCUCUAUGGUGUGGAUCGUAUCUGGUUGUUUCACUUCUUUGUUCUUUUACGUUGGGUUCGUUACAUACGCCUUUGUGUUUGCCAACAUCACCAUGUUCUGUACCAUCUUCAUUUUCAUUUUUUCAUAUGUGCGUAUUUUCCAGUACGCCAAAAAGCAGAUUGCCCAGAUCGACAGCCUCACUGAUGGCCAGUCAGAACACAACAAAGCCCGUCAGCGAGCUAUUGAGAUGGAGAACAAGCUCACAAAGACGUAUCUGAUCAUGCUGGGAGUCUUCCUGACUUGCUACAUCCCCUCUUGCAUCAUGAUCUAUCUCAUGAAUCUCUGCCAUGCUUGCAGUUGCUAUCUUAUUCACUGGCUGCGAGAUUUUCACUUUGUUUUCAUCACUAUCAAUUCUUUGAUCAACCCUUUUCUUUACGCAUUUCGCCUCCCAAACUUCAAGAGCGCUGUUAUGCGCAUGCUCUGUUGCUCUGGCCAAGUUGCUCCAGCACCCCGACCUGCCGUUCUUGCCAAUGGUCGUUACCAGGCCACCUCCGAAAAUCGGGGCCACUCGAACCAGGGAUCACGAGGGAAGGAGGAUGCCGUGCAAGCUUGGGAAUCUAAGAUGAAUAACGUCACUCAGCAAACAACGCAAGAGAUGUCUACAGUGGCGUCCGCGUAA